AGAAAGAUAAAAACGUAGCAUUUGGCCUCUGUCACGAUGUCAUUACAAGCGGCCAGCUAACCAAUUGUGGUAUUUAACUCGGAAUACUCCGACAGUGACUUGUCAGUGCUGCUCAAUUCUAUUAGUUCAGUGACUGCCAACCAUAGGUACCUGCGCUCCUUGUCACUAUCAGCCAUAUCGUCCAAAUCAAUCACCACUUCUCCUACUGACGAACACUGCGUUGGAGGCACGGUCUAUAUGUCGAUGCCGAUCGAAGAGGAGAAACUUGCUAUCCUAUAUGAUCUGAUCCGAGUCAGCGUCAAUAUCUUCAAGAACCCGGAGCUUUUUGAGUCACGCAAUUUUGCUGUUAAGGUGCAUCCGCCGUAUCUAACAGAAGUGCGAGACAAGUAUGCACCACCCGAUCACCCUGUUUUUCAUCUGGUCCCGCCGGCCUUUUCGUUACAGGCACGCACAUUCUGGGAUGCUGCCAACUACCCUCAAGUUGGCCGAGAAAACAUAUGGGACAUCUAUUUACACUUACUCCAGCAGUUCCGAGAUCAGCCAAACAACAUGGAGUUGCGUACUGUGAUGGCCCUUUCAGUGAACUCUAAUGAGGAGGAUGAGUCCGAAUUCAUGCCAGUCAUGGAGCUUCCACCCCACCGGCAACGGAGGCGCGUUGUAGGAGAUGCACCACAGAACACCGGGGGCUACUCAUCUGACGAAGCUGAUACAGAUUUUGAGUAUGAGUGGACAGACGACUCGGAUUAG